AUGGGGCUUCAUCUUCUUUUAUUUCUAUCAGAAGCCUCUGAAGCCAGGGCCAUACAUGGCGAAGGAUUACAUGAAGCAGCAGCAGAAUCAUCUUCUCAAAGUGUACCUGAACCCAAUCAAGAUUUACUUACUGUUCAUGGAGCAACGCAAGGAGAAAGUAGUGAUGCUGUUAGCAUUCAUACUGCCAGUACUUCAGUUUCUGGCAAUGAAUCAAGUUCUAGUAGAGUGAGUGCAAUAACUGUGGUGUUACCUUGGGGUGCUCAAAAGGAAACAGUGAAACCACAACAAAUAGGAGAUAUGGAUCUACGCCCUGGAGAAUUUGUAAUGCGUACCUUAUUUGCAGAAUUCACUUCUCAAGCAGAGAAAAAAAUGGAAGCAGUGAUGACAGAACAUGAAAAGCCACUUUCAAAAGUUUUACAAAGGGGAGAGGAUCCACAAUUUGAUCAGUUGUUAUCUGCAUUUGGUUCAGUUGCAGAACAUUGUUUGCCUUCUAUUUUACGAGCGCUCUUUAAUUGGUACGAACGUCAAUUAGUUGAUCAAGGUAGUGACCAGAAGAAACCUGCUCCUGGUAAAGAAGAUCAAAAAGGAAAAAGCAUUAUGUAUACAAUAGUGUCAGGAAGUGUAGAAACAGUUGAAAGAAGUGAAGCAGACUUACUUCAAGAACGAAGAGAUCUUGCAGUAGAAUUUAUAUUUUGUUUAAUGUUAAUAGAAGUUUUACGUCAAUUACCGUUUCAUCCUGGUCAUGAAGAUUUAGUAACUUACAUAGAAAAUAUAGCUUUUAAGCAUUUCAAAUACAGAGAAGGUAUUCAAAAUGAACCAAAUGCAGCAAACAUUCAUAUUAUUGCUGACCUUUAUGCAGAAGUAAUAGGAGUUCUUGCACAAUCUCGAUUUAUGUCAGUUAGGAAACGUUUCAUGAUUGAAUUGAAAGAAUUACGUGCUAAAGAACCAGGACCUCAUACUACACAGAGCAUUAUUUCAUUACUGAUGGGAAUGAAAUUCUUUAGAGUGAAGAUGGUACCAAUAGAAGAAUUUGAAGCCUCAUUUCAGUUUAUGCAAGAAUGUGCACAGUAUUUUUUAGAAGUAAAAGAUAAAGAUGUCAAACAUGCUUUGGCUGGCCUUUUCGUUGAAAUACUUGUUCCUGUUGCCGCUGCUGUAAAAAAUGAAGUUAAUGUACCUUGUCUAAAAAAUUUCGUCGAAAUGUUAUAUUCUACAACAUUAGAUAUGUGUACAAAGUCAAAGCAUAGAUUAGCUCUUUUCCCUCUCGUGACUUGUUUGUUAUGUGUCAGUCAGAAAACAUUUUUUUUGCAAAAUUGGCAUUAUUUUUUAGCAAUGUGUCUUUCACAUUUGAAGAAUCGAGACCCUAAAAUGUGUCGUGUUGCUUUAGAGGCGCUAUACCGCUUGCUUUGGGUAUACAUGAUACGUAUUAAAUGUGAGAGUAAUUCAGCUACUCAAAGUCGGUUACAGAGCAUAGUAAAUUCCUUGUUUCCAAAAGGUUCAAAGGCAGUAGUACCACGUGACACUCCUUUAAAUAUUUUUGUGAAAAUUAUUCAAUUUAUUGCUCAGGAAAGAUUAGACUUUGCAAUGCGAGAAAUAGUAUUUGAUUUAUUAUCUGUGGGUCGACCAGUAAAAAUAAUUUUAACUCCUGAACGUAUGAGUAUUGGACUUCGAGCUUUUUUAGUUGUAGCUGAUAGUUUGCAACAGAAAGAAGGAGAACCUCCUAUGCCCCGUACAAUGGGUGUAUUGCCAAGUGGUAAUACUAUGCGUGUUAAAAAGACAUUUCUUAACAAAAUGUUAACAGAGGAUACUGCAAGGAGUAUAGGAAUGUCUUCGUAUUUUCCACAUGUCCGACGAGUAUUUGUCGAUAUAUUGCGUGCUUUAGAUGUUCACUAUGGUAGACCACUGAUGAUGACAAGUACUCAAAAUAUGAAUAAAGAACCAGACGAAAUGAUUACUGGUGAACGGAAACCCAGAAUAGAUCUUUUCCGUACAUGUGUUGCUGCAGUUCCUCGUUUAAUACCCGAUGGAAUGACGGGUGCUGAAUUAGUAGACUUGUUGUCCCGUUUAACUGUUCACAUGGACGAAGAACUUCGUGGCUUAGCAUAUCAAAGUCUACAAACUUUGGUAUUAGACUUCCCUGAUUGGAGACAAGAUGUUGUUCUUGGAUUUACACAAUUUCUUGCUAGAGAUGUUCAGGAUACUUUCCCGCAACUAGUUGAUAAUGGUUUGAGAAUGCUUCUACAACUUCUUACAAGCUGGAAAAAUGCAUUAGCGAGUCCUAGCAUAAGAUCGAAAGAACAGUCAGUAGAUACUGCAAGAACAAAUGCACGUACAGACGGUAGCAUUAAAAAAAGUGAAUCCGGACAAAAGAUAGAACCUGUUUCAAGCGUUUUUCAUUUAGUAGAAGGAUUUGCAUUGGUCAUGCUUUGCAAUUGUCGACUUUAUCCUAGAAGAAUAGCUGUUCACAUACUGCGUGAAGUUAAACACUUAUUAAAAACACUUGGAGGCUUAGAAGACGAUCAACCUGUAAUUGAUGUAGUAGAUGCUUGUUGCCCGGUAGUUUUAGAGAAAUGUUAUCACAUGUUGCCACCUGCUGAAAAAGCAGCAGCAGCUUCUACUUCCAACGUUGAUCUUCAGUGGAUAGCUGAAAGAAGUAGUUGUGUAUGGACAGCAGGUCUUCAUGAUGAUACUAGUACAAAGAGUUCUUCUUCUCUAAAUCUAAAUGGAGCAGAUCCAUGGGGCAGUUGUCUGUUUGCAUUUUUAGAGAAGGAUAGAGUACUUACACUGUGCCCUACUGCUGUCGCACAUUCGUGGCCUAUAGUUUUUACUCGAAUAAAUUCACUCUUUUCAGUGAUCGAUCCUACCCCUGUGAAUGACAAUAGAGCCUCUCUAUUAAGAAGUUCAACUGCAGUUCGAAAACCUGUAAAUGAAAGAGACAUGUAUAUGCAUGUGUGGAAGAAUUACUUAACUUUUGGGUACAGAGUUGUUCCACCAGUUCCAAGUCCUGUUGUACGAUGUGCGAGUCCAGAUCUUAGUCUCAGUGGUCAGCAUACGGUGGAGUUUGGUGUGUUGUGCAUGAGUAAGGAGUUGAGUCAGAGCCUGGAGAAUCUCGGCGGGGCACAGACCCUGCCGGGUCGCUUCUCCGUUCCGUCCAUUUCCGGCAUCUACACCAGGCAUAAGCGGACCAGCUCGUCGCCGGAUAGUCUGUCUGCUGAACGAGGCGAUAACAAAUCACCUGGUACAAAUGCAAGUCCCGCAGCAUUGUACAAAUUAACAGUACCUCUAUUGAGAUGCGAGGUAGUAGAUGUUAGAGAUGCUGCUGUGCAAGCGAUUGGAAAAGUAAACGCCGAUGCGUUGAAGGAUUUAAUGGAGGAAUUAGUUCCGUAUAUUCGCGAGGCAGUUGAUCGGAAACAGGAAAAUAUGAGACGUAGAAGGCGAAGAGAUGCAUUGAGAUUGCAACUAGUAAGGGUAUUAGAAUUGAUUGCUGAGUAUGGAACAUUUGGUAUCUGUCCUGCAGUAUUAGAUCGAGAAACACAAUCGCUUCAUCCAACGUUUGUCGAGUAUAUCGAUGGUGCUCGUUUGUAUCUAGAAAAUGAAACUGAUAAAGAAGCCCCUGCAGUUCGUGACAUUAAAUUACAUUUCUGUAAUUUCAUCAGAAAAAUGAUCAAGAGUUUUUCACUGGAAACAUGUCAUACGUUACUUAAAAGGGAUUUGAGACGGAACUUGUUCAUGUUGUUCGCUAGUUGGGCAGGUCCUUAUGGACGACCGCUUGCAACUACAUCUUCAUUACAGGAAGAAGAAAAAUCUUGUACAGAAUUACAGCUCUCAGCGUUGCAAGCUAUGAGCGGUCUAUUAUGUUGCGGGCCUUGUUUUAAUCCUCAAUCACUUUCAGAAGAAGGAGCGAUACUAUACCAAUGGUUAGAUCUACUAUUAGCCAGCAAGGAUGAAAAAAUUUAUGCCCUCGCUCGAGAAACAGUAGUUUUAUUGUUGGAGUGUAACCCCGAUAUUGGCACCCUUCUCGAAUGGGUAGUCGACCGAUGUUAUACUGGAGCUCCACAAGUAGCUGAUGGUUGCUUCCUUGCCUUGGCAACAAUUUUUAGCGCAAGAGAAUAUCCUUGUGAUCAUUAUACAAGUAUCAUAAACGUUACCCUAAUGAGUACGGGUUGUCCCCGUGCCCCCGUUCACGACGCAGCACUUCAACUUCUCCAGUUGUUGGAUCAAAGGUUUUUCGGGAACGUGGGUCCACUUCCAGCUACAGAACCGGAGACCAGUCAGGAUGACCCUGUUGGCGGUUCAUCAACCACGGCUACUUCUGCACCGGGGCAACAAAGUAAUCCUAUCGGCGGAAUGUCCUCGAGUGGUACAAUUAGGGGUGGCACCCUUGACGUACUUUUAUCGACCACGUAUUGUCGCAAUCAAAUGUAUCUUUCUCGUCAGCUCGCUCAGUUGCAUCCGGAGUUAACGAUGCCUAUGUUCAGCGAAAUUACACACAGAUUUCAAACGGCUAGAAGGGAGGUUCGGCAAUUAUUGCUUCAAUAUUUGCUGCCCUGGUUGCACAACAUGGAAUUGGUGGAUCCAAAUGUACCACCACCCUCCAAUCCGUUGAGUUAUUACCAAUAUUAUGCUACUGAUAUGUCGCGCGGUGGAGCACGCAGAGAGGGUUGGGGCAGUGCCGAAGCAACGGAAAUGGUGUUGAAUAACUUGUUUUACAUAACUGCCAAGUUCUCUGAUGAACAUCCUAAAGAGACGGAAGAACUUUGGGCAACUUUAUGUGGCUGUUGGCCCAACAAUCUAAAAGUUAUCAUUCGUUAUUUAAUUAUCGUCUCGGGAAUGGCACCGCAAGAACUCUUGCCAUAUGCAAAACGCGUUGUAUUGUACCUAGCAAGAGCUCGACCAGAUCGUUUAGUGGACGAGAUGAUGACUGAAUUACAGACAGUCGAAACUUUGAACUGUUUGAUCGAAAGAACCGAAACUCCUCCAUUCUAUAGAUUGACUAGCAUGAGGAAAGCUUCCUCUCACAGCGAUGCUCCUGUUGCCGAUCCUGGUAAUCCACCGCGCGAUUUGGGAGUCGAAAAAGGUACCAUUCAUACCAAAAGACACUCGGGCGAGGAUCCUGUUAAAACCGGUUCUAAAUCUGAUACCGCAUUACGGGCGCUCGCUGGAUUUCAAACCCCAAGGGCGGAAAAAACAAGGACUGCGAGCGGUCCGCCAGUUCUUCCGGAUGAUUUGUCCACUCCUACGACAGAAGCCGAGUUGACUACCGACGAAUCUUGUUAUGGUACACGGAACGGACCUGCUGGAGUAAAUGGAAAGAUUUCAUGUGGUGGAGAAAAGUUUGAUAUUCCUCAGCCACAUCCUCUACCGAUGCCCGAGUACGGCGGAUACUUUGCGCCUUUAACAGAGUAUCUACCAGAUAGUUCACAACCUAUAAGUGGAUUCCAUAGAUGCAACAUUGCCGUUAUGCUGCUCACUGAUGUUAUCGUUGAUGGCAUACAACUUGACUGGGCUAUUCAUGUUCCUUUAAUGUUGCAUAUAGUUUUCCUUGGCUUGGAUCAUUCAAGACCUCUCGUAAGGGAUCACUGUCGUUGUCUUUUGUUAAAUCUAUUGGUCGUCCUCGGAGAUCAUCGCGAUCAUCUCGGCGUAGCGCGGGUAUUGUUGGCAUCGAAAACUGAACAAUUGGGCUUAGGUCUUUCUACGCCAGCUUUGCCGGUACUCGAGCACAACUUCACCGAAGUUGAUCCAGAGUUUGACAGUUAUCUGUACGGUCCACCACCAGCACCACCUCCUACAACGCCUCCUCCAUCAUCUUCGCCACCACCACCCUCUUCUUCUCCCCCUCCUCCACCCCCACCUCCACCGCCGCCACCACCACCACCUCCGCCACCUGAAUCCUCUACGUUCAAUUCAGCUCCUCCGCCACCACCACCUCCUCCUCCUCCACCGCCACUUCCACCUUCUAACAGUGGAACACCUACCCAUUCGCCUAUUCCUAAUUCGACAUCUACUCCUCCCUUAUCAAUGAAUCACGUAAAUCAAUCAGUCAUGGACAAUUGUAAGGAUUAUUCGAAUUCUCAUGGAUAUGAGUCAUCUGUGUGCAACAAUUGGUCUGCAACAUCAGGAUCAACAAGCACUGUGCCACCUGUUAUUGUUACACCAGAAGAUGCAAAUAACUGGGUUGGUCCACAACCAGGCCCAAACAUGCCAAUCCAAGAUGUGAUCAAAUCUUUGAUCAAUUUCUUAGCAUCUAGGAUAAAUCAACCCUUGUGGAAUUACGAGGACAUGACUGCUAAAGUGUGGUGGGUUCGCAGUGCUGAACAACUGACAGUAUUAUUGCGACACGUAUUGCGGGUUUUUAGAGAUUCUUUGCCCCACGCACUAGUUAGUCAACGAUGGGCGCAAACCGCGUUGCAAUUAGGUCUAUCCUGUUCAUCUAGACACUAUGCAGGGAGAUCUCUUCAAGUAUUCAGAGCAUUACGAGUUCCUAUUACUUCUCGAAUGUUAUCUGAUAUUUUGUCUAGAUUGGUAGAAACAGUCGCUGAACAAGGAGAAGAUAUGCAGGGCUAUGUGACAGAAUUGUUACUAACUCUUGAAGCUGCUGUCGACUCGUUAGAAUCUGAUUUCCGACCUCUAGAUUUUAUGAAGGAAAUAUUUAAAUCAACGCCAAAUUUGAAUAAUAAAGAUCCAGCUUCGGGUGGUUUGAUUGGUGGCAAACGAAGUCCAGGAGGAGGCAAUGGAUAUCCAGCUGGUCCACAUAUAUUUUCUCAUUUAAAUCAAGGCGGUCAUACAAGAAGUACCAGCUACUCGGUUAGUUAUUGUAUGAAAAAAUCAAGUGGCGGAAAUUCAGCAGCAAGUGAAAUAAAAGAAUUAGAUAACAGGUGCAACAAAUAUCCCAAUUCUAAUCUUUCACGAUCGAGAUCAGCUCAAUCUUUGAAAUUAUUGGGCGAUUCAGCGACACAGGACGAUAAAAUGACUAUUUUAGCACAAUUGUUUUGGUUAUCGGUAUCCUUGCUCGAAUCAGACUAUGAGCAUGAAUUUCUUUUGGCACUGAGAUUGCUUAGUCGUGUAUUACAUAGAUUACCCUUAGAUCGACCAGAUGCUAGAGAUAAAGUUGAAAAAUUGCAGCAGCAAUUAAGAUGGAAUUCAUUUCCUGGUGUACAUGCAUUAUUAUUGAAAGGAUGCACUAGUCCAAACACAUAUGAACCCGUCGUAACAUUAUUAUCUCAAUUCACUCCGCUAUUGGAUCUACCUGUCGUUGAUCCUACUCAAAGUCUUGCGUUUCCAAUGAACGUUGUAUCAUUACUUCCCUAUAUGCUUCUGAAUUAUGAAGACGCUAAUGAAUUGUGCAUCAGGAGCGCAGAAAACAUUGCACAGGUGAGUGCUGAAAAAGGAAAGAAAUUGGAAAACUUGGGUACCGUGAUGACAUUAUAUAGCCGGCGUACCUUCAGCAAAGAAAGCUUUCAAUGGACUAAAUGUGUCGUCAAAUAUCUGUAUGACACAUAUGCUCACCUCAGUUUCAAUAUGCUUGCUUUCCUGGUAGAAGUACUGGAGAAAGGUCCAGGAAGUGUCGCGUUACCUGUGCUUAGUAUUAUACACUGUAUGUUACAUUACGUUGAUUUAGCUUCGCAAGCUGCGCAACCAAUUAACACGGAACUACUCAGAGUGAUUUCAAAAUACGUUGAGGGUCCCCAUUGGAAAGAAGCCCUUAAAAUAUUAAAACUGGUAGUCACAAGAUCGUCAACUUUAGUAGCACCACCUACAUCAGUGCACGGUUCAUCUUGGGAAUCUUCAAUAGCAUCUCCACAUCCAAGUUUCACCGAUACCGAGAUAUUUACCAAAAAAGAAUUACCCGGGAGAACUAUGGAUUUCACAUUCGACUUAUCACAAACCCCGGUAAUCGGUAGACGAUGGUUAAUACGCCAAGGCGUUGAAGAAAAGUCGCUUAGUUCUCCUCGGUGUUCGUUAUCUCUUUCACCAGCUGAUAGUAAUGCGGUUUCUGGUUGGAAAAGACCAUGGAUGUCACAGGGUCGUGUUAGAGAAUGCCUGGUAAAUCUUCUAACAACAUGUGGUCAACGUGUUGGAUUACCAAAGAGUCCAUCUGAUGAACACAUUAGUUCAAUGACAUUAUAUAGCAAGGUAAUAUUCAGUCAAAGUUCAGAUUUAAUGGAAAGACAAUCAUCCAUGGCUUCCUCAACGGAAGAAGUUUCUGGCGCAAACAACGAUUUGAGCGGAGGCUCUAGAAGAGAUGAUGAACAAUUUGGUGUAUUUAAAGAUUUUGAUUUCCUUGAAUAUGAAAGCGAAAGUGUUGAAGGUGAAAGUACCGAUAAUUUCAACUGGGGCGUGAGGCGUCGUCCUCUGAGCGAAGGGGAAGAAAGAGAACCAAGUCUGAGACAAUUUGAAGAGAGUUUAAGUGAAAAGACUCAAUCAUCUAGUAAACAUACCAGUCGGCGCGGUGUUGCGGAAGAGUCGUCAGAUGAUGAGGCUGGUUCAGAAUCACCUUUAGACGAAGUACCAGGUGGAUCUGGAACCGGACAAGAAGUAAACAAUAUUCCGGGAAUGUUCCCACCGUCGUCUCUUUCUUUAAUACCUAGUCGUACACGCCAUGAUUCUUCGACAAGGUCUGACACAUCCGGCUCUAGCGCAGGAGAUUUAGGAGAUGUAACACCCUGCAAUGCAUCGCCGAAUUUGUCAGCGUUAAUGCCUUUUAGACAAGUUGUGAGGGACGACGCAGAAGAAAAUUGGCGACAACAAAUUCAAAAUCUCAUCCCGCAAUCUCUGUACAAUCCUUUGGACUUUUUCCAACUACUGAGCAGAAUCCUAAGGGAUGUAAGCGGUAAAUCUGUUACUCUUACACGAGAAGCUAGUGCCUUAUUGUGUAACGGCAGUCCUGCCUCGACUCAAUUAGGCUAUCAUUUAUCUAGUCACGCUGAACUACUUAGUUCGAAAGCUGAACCACCUUUCAUUUGGUUUUCGAUGGCUAUUUUCGUGAAUCAAAGAUGGAACGAAUCUUUACGAUUUGGAAUGUUAGAAAUUCAAGAACAUUUUGAAACAUUUCUCGACAAAAAAGAUCAUGCCACUGAAUGCUUGGAAGCAGUUAAAGCAGCUGCAAAACUUCUAGCAUUAGGUGGAGGUCACACCACAGAGGCAGGCCUUGAAGAGAUGCUCUUAGACUUAGGCAGAGCACUUUACAAGCUUCACCUUCAACUGCUGUUAUUAAUCGAAGCUUCAAACAAGAUGCUGAGUACUCUUAUGAAUGCUGUAAGGAAUGUACAAAUUCCUCUUCAAGAUAUAUCUGCAGAGAUUGCAAAUAUGAAGAUUGCUCUGAGUAGAGCACUUGAAGAAAGUACAGAGAGCGAAAGAGGAACACCAACUCCAACACCUAGUCCUAGUCCUUUGCCCGGCACUGGUGCUGUAGAAGAAGUUGCUCGUGUCGCGGAAUUACUUAGAAAUGCACGAUGGUGUCCCGCUCUUGAAGCUGUAAGACUACAUAGAGCUCAGUGGCCAGGAGAUCCUUUUCAUGAUGACGAUGACGUAACGACUGCUGUUAAUAUGUAUUGCAAAUACUUAGGGCUAGAUAGAUCUGAUAUUUUUGUGGUUACACGAAAGGACGAUGAAAUGUCAGAGAUAUUUAGUAGAUUAAUGGAAAGCUUAUUCCAAGUUUUAGCAGCUGUUACAGGCUUGGAAGCGUCGACAAAGGCAGCACGGUCUCAACAUGAUCAUCCUAAUAACUCGAAGAGCGACUGUUAA